GAAAGAGAUUUCUCUUUUUUCUGGAAAGGAAAAUCGCUGGAAAUGUCCAGAGAACAUGGAGUAGGGUUUGCUGUCCGAAACAGCUUGCUGGGGUCCAUUACCCUAUCUACCAAGGGUACUGAGCGCAUUCUGUCUCUCCAGCUCCAUACCUCAACAGGACCAGUCAGCUUAAUUAGCGCCUAUGCGCCAACUCUAACAUCCCCUGUGGAAAUCAAAGACAAGUUCUAUGAUGAUCUGAACGACACAGUCAAGAACAUUCCUGAAAAUGAAUCUCUUUUCAUCCUUGGUGAUUUCAACGCCAGAGUGGGUGCUGACUACAACUCUUGGCCUACCUGUCUGGGCCAGUUUGGCAUAGGCAAGAUAAAUGAAAACGGGCAACGCUUGCUGGAAUUCUGCUGCCAUCAGGGACUCUGCGUCAGCAACACUUUUUUCAACACGAAGGCCCAACACAGUGUCUCCUGGAGACACCCACGAUCCAAGCACUGGCAUCAGCUUGACCUGAUUCUUACAAGGCGUUCCAGCCUUCCCAGCGUCAAGAUCACACGCAGCUUUCAAAGUGCUGAUUGCGACACCGACCACUCCUUGGUUUGUAGCAAGGUGAAAUUGUGUGCAAGGAAGCUGCACCGCUCCAAAAAAGAGGGCAGGCCUCGCAUUGACACCAGCAAGACAAGGGACCAGGCAAAAGUAAGAGAGUUUGCAUGCCUGUUGGAGACCUCAUUUCAGGGUUCUUCUGGUACUGAUGCCCAAGAAAGAUGGGAACGCUUCAGGGACACCAUCUACAAUGCUGCAAUGUCCACAUUUGGCAAGAAAACUAACAAAUCAGUGGACUGGUUCGAGGCACACUGAUAAAAUCACGCCCACCAUCGAAGAAAAGAGGCAUGCACUGAUGGCAUACAAAGCUUGCCCCAGUGAUAGAAACCUGCAGGCCUUAAGAACUGCUCGCGCCAAGGUCCAGAGAUGUGCUAGGCAAUGUGCCAAUGAAUACUGGCUUCAGCUCUGCUCUCAGAUCCAGGCUGCAUCCAAUACAGGUAAUGUCAAGGGCAUGUAUGAGGGGAUCAAGCAGGUGCUGGGCCCUAUCCAGAGAAAAACUGCUCCUCUGAAGUCUGCCACAGGAGAGGUCAUUCAGGAUCGAGUACAGCAGAUGGAGGUUUGGGUGGAGCACUACUCUGAGCUGUACUCACAGGAAAACAUGGUCACUGAGGAUGCCCUGAAUGCAAUUGAGUGUCUGCCCACUUUGGAGGAGCUCGAUGAGGCCCUCGGCGCCCUUUCUUCUGGAAAGGCCCCAGGAAAAGACAGCAUCUUAUUCGAAGUUUUGAAAUGCUGCAAGGGUCCCAUCCUGCAAGAGCUACACAAGAUCCUGUGCCUCUGCUGGAGAGAGGGCAAAGUCCCACAAGACAUGAGAGAUGCAAACAUAGUCACCUUGUAAAGGAACAAAGGAGACAGAAGUGACUGCAAUAACUACCGUGGUAUCUCACUCCUCAGCACUGUCGGGAAGCUUUUUGCCAGAGUUGCACUUAAAAGACUACAAGUCCCCGCGGAGAGAAUCUAUCCAGAAUCGCAGUGCGGGUUCCGGAGGAACAGGUCCACCACUGAUAUGGUCUUCUCCUUGAGACAGCUGCAGGAGAAAUGCAGGGAACAAAGACAGCCCCUCUACAUCGCUUUCAUCGACCUCACAAAGGCUUUCGACCAUGUCAGCAGGGACGGUCUCUUCAAAAUCCUCACAAAGACUGGAUGUCCUCCAAGGCUCCUCAGCAUCAUAAGGUCCUUCCACAAAAACAUGAAGGGCACAGUGGUCUAUGAUGUUUCCACUUCAAGAGCAUUUGACAUCCGAAGUGGAGUGAAGCAGGGGUGUGUCCUCGCCCCCACCCUAUUUGGAAUCUUCUUUUCCAUCCUGCUAAAGCACGCCUUCGGGUCCUCCACUGAAGGCAUCUACCUUCGCACCAGAGAAGAUGGAAAGCUGUUCAAGCUCUCCAGACUGAGGGCGUUGUCUAAGGUGCAGUUGAAAUGCCUGCGUGACUUCCAUUUUGCAGACGAUGCAGCAAUCACCACUCAGAGGGUGACCUUUAGCUGCUCAUAAAUCGCUUCAGUGAGGCUUGCUGCGACUUUGGGCUUACAAUCAGCUUAAAGAAAACUCAGGUCAUGGGACAAGGUGUGGACCUUCCACCUAACAUCUGCAUAUCAGAACAUGAACUGGAAGUGGUCCGUGACUUUGUGUACCUAGGGUCGACAAUCUCAGACUCUCUUUCUCUUGACAGUGAGCUGAACAAGCACAUUGGCAAGGCCUCUACGACUAUGUCCAGACUGGCAAAGAGAGUGUGGAACAACAGAAAGCUGACAGAACACACUAAGGUCCAAGUCUACAGAGCGUGUGUAGUGAGCACACUCCUGUAUGGCAGCGAAACUUGGACUCUACAAGCCAGACAAGAACAGAAGCUCAACACCUUUCACAUGCGCUGCCUUCGCCGCAUCUUCAACAUCACCUGGCAGGACAGGGUGCCCAAUACCACAGUCCUCGAGAGGGCUGGCACCCCCAGCAUGUUCACCCUACUGAAACAACGACGGCUGCGCUGGCUUGGACACGUUGUCCGGAUGGACGAGGGCCGCAUUCCUAGAGACCUCUUGUAUGGAGAGCUGGCCGAAGGAAAGCGUCCCACGGGCAGGCCUCAGCUACGCUACAAGGAUGUCUGUAAAAGAGACCUGAAAGCCCUGGACAUCAACCUCAACACGUGGGAAGCCCUGGCCAACGAACGAUCAUCCUCGAAGCAUACAGUGCAGAAGGGUCUCUCCAAGUUUGAAGAGAAAAUAGCCCAAAAGACAGAGGUACAACGCCAGAAGAGGAAAGCGCUAAGUGCAGUUGAGAGACUAGCAUCAAGCUUCAUCUGCGCAAGAUGUGGAAGAGACUGUCAUUCCCGUAUAGGACUGACAAGUGUAACCCACGUCAGGUUUUUUCCUUUUCUGAACUUUAGUCUCUCUUGCUGCUCGUGUUACAACCGAGUGUGAGCGAACCAGACAUCAGAUGGCGAGCCAACCCGAGGAUAUUGUGCCUGUUAAGCUAACUUGAACCUGUUCCUCCUGUACGGUAGGAUCUGGAUCGAAUUGAGUUUUUGGAGUAAUUGAGUUUUUUUUUUGGAGUUGAAUGGAACAUUUUUGAUGUAUAUAUACCUGAUCUGAAAGGAAAAAAAGGAACGUUUAUUCUGAAGAGAAAGAGGAUCUUAUUUUUCCAACUGUUCCUACAUAUUUUUUUGCCUCAGAACAUUUAAGGUCACAAUUUUUCUAAGAACAUUGAGUGAUUCUGAAUAGAUUAAGUCAAGGAUCUUAUUUUUUUUUCUUAUUAUUUUGUAUAUUGGUCUAAAGAGUUACAGUGUUCAUUUUCAUACGGACUUUACUAAUGUUAAGGUGUUUGGUAAAUUGAUAUUGCAUGGUAUUGGUACUUUGAAGCUCCAAAGAGUAAGGGAAGUCAACCAAAAAUUUUCUUUUAUUGUUUAUUCCUUUGAAAUCACAAAACUGUUAACCAAUUCUUUUUCUUUGUAAAGAAGGAUUCUGUGAAACCUAGAAAGAGAAAAAAAUAAGUUAAUUCAUAACACUCAACCUAAGUAGAAGGAAAAUAUAAUAGUAAAUUGGUAAGGUAAAUGUACUUACCUUACUAAUCCGUAUACUGAGUAAAAUUUGCAGUUCCGCUAAAUAAACAAUAAAGUUAAUUAGGAAAUACAACAAAAUAUAUCAGCCUAACCUAAUUUGAUUACCAAAACUAAACUAACUUUAAUAAUUCUACUCUAAAUAUAAGAAAAUAUAUAUAUAUCCCAACCUAUAAUUGAUAAUUGGAUUAGUACAUCUUGAAUAAG